AUGCUGGCAUUCACCUCUGCGUUGACCGCGAACGACUACUUCCCCCUGUACAUAUGCGUGGGGAUCAUCGUGGCGGUCCUUCUCCAUUCCCUGUUUGUGUACCUCAGGGAUCCCCUACACUUGCGACGAUUUCCCGCACCCAGCACUGCUGGAUUUAGUUUAUUAUGGUCCAUCUACCACUCGUUGGGCCGAAAACGCUUUGUCGCAGUCCACGAGGCUCAUAAGAGGCUGGGCCCCAUUGUCCGACUGGGACCUCGUCAUCUCUCGUUCGCAGACCCACAAGCAUACAAGGAAAUCUAUGGUCACAGUGCCCCAGUAAUCAAGGAUGAACUCUAUGCCAACCUCGGACUGGGAAACCCGUCGAUGUUUCAGAUUAUAGGCAAAGAGCCCCACGGACAGAGACGGAAGCUAUUAUCGCAUGUCUUUGCGGCCAAACAAAUCAACCAAAAGGAACCUCGAGUCACGGAAUUGGUCAUGCAGCUAUGCCGGGCCUUUGAGAUUAAAUCCACGGGCGGCCAGAUUGCAGCCACCGACGAAUACCCAACAGUGCAGGGAGCAUUUGACGUCCGUCCAUGGAUGAACAUGUUCGCUUACGAUGUCAUCACUUCAGUCUUCUGGUCUAAACCAUAUGGAUUCUUGAAGACCGGGAACGAUGAAUGUAUGGCGCUGACUGCGUCGGGUGAAGCCCGAAAAGUCCGCGCAAUCGAGACCCAGCACAGGAGUGGGAACUUUGCCUUUCCUCUCGUUCAACUUUCUAAAAGGUGGUGGGAGCUCGCCCUGCGUGUCUUCAGCCAGACUCCCGGCUGCCAAUCGAUGAAGAACUUCCGAUCCAUGGCUCGCUACAUCGUCCGCGAGCGUAUAGACAAGCCGCCCACAGAACCAGAUCUUUUCUCAAGCUUUCCGCUGGAGCCCACCGAAAAGCGCAAGAGCACCUUGUCUGCCGACGAGAUCCUCGCCGAGUGCUCAACCAUGUUGCUCGCCGGCCAGGGGACCACGCAAAUUUCGCUCACCAAUUGCAUUUAUCAUCUGGCCAAAAAUCCAGACAAGCAAGACAAAUUACGGAAAUGUCUUUACGGCGCGAUCCCUCCCGAGUCCCGACCAGUUGCCUCUUACACCGACCUACAGAAUGUUCCCAUGCUCCGAGCCUGUCUCGACGAGAGUUUUCGAUGCAAUCCUCCCGUGACCUUCGGCCUCCCUCGACUGGUGACUGAUCCGGGCAUGACGAUUUGCGGCCAUUACAUCGCUCCCGGAGUGGUCGUGAGUUCACCGUUACAUGAGAUCCAUCACGACGAGAGACUCUUCAAAGAUCCCUGGAAGUUCAUUCCGGAGCGAUGGCUCGAGGGUUCGGACGCAGACUACAUCCCUUCCGCGGCCGAAAGUGCGAACCUCACAACCUAUGUCCAGCCGUUCGGCAUGGGCGGCCGAGCUUGCAUUGGCCGCAAUAUAGCAUAUUUGGACCUCUCGGUCGCCAUUGCGGCACUCGUAAUGGCCUUUGACUGGGAGCUGAGCGACCCAGAUAAGCCGAUUGAAUACAACGAGACCGUAGUAAACACGCCUAUGGAGCUGUGGGUCAAGGCGAGGUUGAGAGAGGGGAUGGAGAUAGAUGCCCAAUUGAAGAGAAAGCAAGAAAGGACCAUGUCUAGGCAGCCCGUGGAGUAG